CGUCAUCAAAACAGAAAUAUCUGAUGUACCGAAUUGCAGAGGGUUUUUUUUUUCUGUUUUUGAAAACUAACUGUAGAGGGUUCAGAAAUAUGUUUUGGGCCCUCGUAUUGUUUGCACGAAAUUGACCUCUUUUUUGGAGCGAAAUGAGAGUGAAACCAAGGCCAAACCCGGGCUGGGAUGCGUGACGAGUUCUCUGCGUGCACGUAAGCCCCGACCUGACAACCACCCAAAGGAGACACGCACGCCACGGCUGGGCAAAGCGUCCGAAAUACUCCAUCGCCGCGUCGCCGGCUCACGGGGGGCGGUCCACCGCGCAACUCCGGUCGUCUUCACCGGCUAGGAUUACCGCGCGCCUCGUCCUGCCCCCCUCCUCACACUCGCCCCCGCGUCUCUUCUCCGGUGUCCCACGACGGCAACGAGCUCUGCGGGGGCCCUUCCCCAUCUCCACCACUCGUUGCCGGCGGCGACCUCGCAGCGCCGCCGUCGCGCCCCUUACCCGCCGUCUACGCCCCGCGCAACCUGACAUUGCCUCUACGCCAGCGCGGCCCGUCUCUUUAGAAUUCCGAGGGAGGAGCGUCCCCCCAACAGCUUAGGUGGUGAGGGAUGGGAUGUGGAAGUCAUGGCAGUUGCGCCGAGCAAUCCUUCUGCGGUGUCGUCUAAGCGCGAACGUGAGAGAACCCAAGAUUGAAGAAAGAAGUUAUGCCAGUAAUGUUCCAGAACUGAACUCCAACAGAGGGCGCCUGCUGAAAGGUGAACAUUGCUGCAAUUUAGGGAAGAAAGAAGGCACCUCUGUGUGCCAUUCAGAGGUAGCCAGAUUCAAUGUGGAGCAAGAAACUGCGGAAAAGUGUGGAGCUGAUGUCCAUUCUGCAGUAAAAUUGUGCCCUGGUAUUGGGGAAUUGAUUAUAGCCAAGUGCUCAUCCAUUUUUGAGAGUGGAAGGGACACCUUUGAAGGGAAUUGCAGCUUGCAUGAUCUUCUUAAGCCUGGUCUCUGGCUCUCACCGGAGACCCUCCGCAGGUUCUGGCGUGCUUCGACGCUGAAGCCCGAGGAUUUUUUUGACAUUUUGAUUGGUUUUGGACAAGGUGCAGCAGAAAUUAGAAAAGCAAGGUUUUUGUGGAAUUUAUACAGGUGGGCUUCGUGGCAGAGCAAGGACUUUCGACAUCUUCCAAGGUCGAACGACCUCAUGGUGUCAAUACUUGCAUAUGCUCAGAUGUUCAACCAAGCUGAAUCAUUGCUUCUCUUGCUGGAUGACAACAAGGCUCUGACCAAUGCAGGUGGACUGUUCAGUCAGAUUACACAGGCGUAUUCAGAAACUGGACACCUUGACAAAUCGGUGGCACUUUUUGAUCAUGCAAGGUACAAGUGUUUGAUUCCUUCAGCCUCUUGCUAUCAAGUACUUCUUAAUCUUCUGGUUAGAAAGAGAAAAGAUGAGUUAGUUUUAAGAGUAUAUUUGGACAUGCUUGAAGUUGGAUUAGGUUCUUGCACAGAAGGACAUAUUCUUGAUUUUGUUAUCAAGGCUUUAGUCAAGAGAGACAAACUUUUACAAGCAAUUGGUGUAAUUCGGCAGUUAAAGAGCUUGGACAUUGAAAUAAGCAAGGGAUCCUUGUCAACCGUCGCAAAAGAAUUUUGCCAGAAGAAGGACAUCGGAGAUAUGAUGAAUUUCCUGGAAGAGUGGAAGCAUUUACCUGAGUUGCGUCUUUGUAAUAGAAUUCUUGUGUCUUUGUGCACAAAUCUUGGUAGUGACGAGGCAUGGUUUGUCUUCCAAAGAUUGGAGGCCUUAGGAUUUACGCCAGAUGCUACAACCUUUGGAAUUUUCAUAAGCCAUAGUUGUAGAGAAAUGAAACUCAAAGCUGCAUUCCUAUAUUUAUCUGAGUGCUUUUCUAGACAUGUUGAACCUAAAGUUUCUGCUUACAAUGCUAUUAUAGGUAGUGUUUUCACGGAGGGACUGUACAGACAUGCAAAAUAUAUCUUUGAAGACAUGAUCGAAAGAAAGAUAAUGCCCGAACUUUUAACAUAUAAGGUACUGUUGGCAGGAUAUUGCAAGUAUAGGCAGUUUGAUGAUAUAGAAGAAAUCUUGAGGACUAUGAAAACCAAUGGUAUAAAUGACCCCCCCUCUGGAAACUGUGUGUUCUCUAAGGCCUUAUCCUUUCUGGGGCUAGACCACUUGGGAGUGAAGGUCAAGAGAGAUAAUGCCACUGGCUUUCCAAAAGCGGAGUUUUUUGAUUCAGUAGGGAAUGGCCUUUAUUUGGAUACCGACUCCAAAAAGUUUGAGACUUUGUUGGUACAGAUUCUCAAUAAUGCUCUUUACCCCGAUAUUAGCUCGGAGAUAGUCAGUGCAUGUCAGCAAGGUAAUGUUGCAAGUGCUCUUCUGAUGAAAGAUGAAGCUUUUCAAUGGGGACAUGACAUUUCACCAGCGAGCUGCUCAGAACUAAUAAAGACCUUAUGCAUGAGCCCUGAACAUGCUAUGAAUGCUAUUGACCUUAUGGAGGAAAUGCCAUGUACAUUUGAUAAAUUUGAUGCUCAAACUCUAAAUUUAGUCGUGCAGACAUUGAGUAAGAAUAGGAUGUCAGCUCGUGCAAGAUUGGUUUUGGACAGGCUGUCCAGAAGAGGCUUGCCAAUUAAUCAAGAUACUUAUACUUAUUUGCUUUUAGGCUUCUGCGUAGAAAGGAACAUAGUGGGGUUUUGGGAAUGCUGGAAUGUUGCAACGGAGUUUAGUUGGUCACCUGACAGCAAAGAUAUGAUAGCCCUCAUCAGUCACAUGUGCGAAUGGGGAGUAAUUGAGGAAGCCUUGAAGCUUAUCAGCGUGCUGACCGACUGCUAUCCUAAUUUGUGUUUGAGUGCAUAUUGUGCACUUCUCAAAGAGUUAUGCAGGACGGGUUACACCAGUGUUGGAUGUGCAAUGCUGGAGGCUCUUCUAGAAAAGGGUGUGGCUGUGCGUCACUCACUAAUUCUUAGCGUGACAGAGGGCUUCCUAAAGGAGCAGAAGUCUGCUGAAUCAAUUGGUCUGUAUGACAUGUGGCUUAAUAAAAGCAGAGUAUCAGAUGUGUUGACCUACCAAUUUCCAUUCUCUUCACUAGCAAGGUUUGAUGCAGAACGAUGCAUGGACUUGGUACAACCUAUUAUGAACCUGGAAUGUUCUGCUGUCUCAGCUUGCAGUUGCAUUGUGAAGGAAUUACUACAAAUUGGAAAAAUAGGUCAGGCAUUGUCGUUCUUUCAAGCAUCCACUUUGGGAAUGAGAUCAAGUGGCACAUUUGUAAAUUCCCUCCUACAAUCCUAUUGUUGUCUAAACAAGUGGAGAAAGGUAGAUGCAGUUCUUUGCACAAUGCUAAAGAUUCAUGCUAGCAUUUCUAUUUCUAGCUACCGCUUUCUCGUCCACAGAAUGUGUGAGCAAAGUCAGUUUUCUAGCGCGCUAAGACUUAAGGAGCUGGUCCAAGACAGCGACAAGUCAACAGAUCUGAUUUUAUACAACAUUCUGAUAUUCUAUCUUAUUCGGCGGAGAAACAUUUUGCAGAUUCAUGAUGUAUUGAAGGAUAUGAAACAUAACGGUAUUUCUCCAGACAAAACAACCUAUGACUUCCUUGUCUACGGGUUUCACAAGUCUGGGGAUUCUGAUCGUUCAGUUAGUAUGCUUGAUGCUUGCAUUGCUCAGGGAUUAACACCAAGCAACCGCAGUCUCAGAAUAGUAUUGAGUCACUAUUGCAGGUUAGGUAACCUUGAGAAAUCACUAGAAUUAUUUUAUCUGAUUGAGCGCAGUGGAUGGAAGCAUGGUUUACUCAUUGAGAUGACUCUCAUUUCCAGUCUUCUUUCAUUUAGAAGACAUUCUGAAGCAAAAUCUUGUCUGAACAACCUCAGCAGAAAUGCAUUAAUUAUAUCUGACAUCAAUUUCGACGUCCUAAUCAAGGAAUUCUGCAUACAGGGAGACGUGGAAAUGUCUGUUAAUCUGCUGAAUACAAUGUUAAAGAAAGGCAGACUUCCGGGUGAAGCUAGUUACAGCUCUGUUAUAUACAGGCUAUGCAUAUUGAAAGAAUUCGAUCAAGCGCUUGACUUUCUUGCUGAGAUGAAGUUGGAACACCUAAAACCAAGUGACAUCUCAUGCGAUGCACUCAUUCGUGGCCUUUGUGCAAUUGGAAGAAUAAGUGAUGCUAAGAAUAUUUUGGAAAUGCUAAUGACCUUUGGUUCUGUACCUUCCUUUGGCAUGUACAGAAUUGUUUUUGAUAACUACUGCACGAGUAACAAUACUCUGGAAGCCACACAACUUUUGCAUGACAUGCAGCAAGCAGGACACACACCCAACUUUGAGAUGCAUUGGUCUGUGAUAAGCAAUUUAAGCCGUACUGAUAAGAAGACUGGAGGAUAUGAACAGCCUAUUUUGUCAAACCUCAUUUCGAGUGUGUUCCCUAUGAAGGAUGAUAGGAAGCAAGGAUUUGUGAUGCAAAGAUAUAACCAAUUCUGAUGUGUGAUUUUCAGAAAUGAUGUCCAUUGUCGAGUUGAACACUAGACUCAUGGUGGAACUGACAAAACUCAAUGAAAUCAGCCAAUACAAAAUCACAACUUGAACCGUUGAACGUUGUACUCACAGCUGAAGAGGUCACGAGAAGAUUGAGUGCUAUGCUAUCUAGCUCAGGCAUCGUUCCCUGCAUCACUGUGCUGAGCAGGUGAGCAGCUUCAGGAACAUGGGAUCACUGCUAGUCGAAGUUUUCUCUACACUGCACAGCUACUACAAAAAAAAGGGUUUCCUCAACACCGUCAAAUAAUACUUUGCCUAAUAAUGCUUCAAGAACCAUUCCCUCACUUCAUCACCAUUGCGAGUCUUUUGGGACCAAAUUGCGGGGUUCGAUAUUUAAGCCUUUAAGGCAUGUACUUGUGCUGCCACUCAAUGCUGAAGGUCUGUAGGACUGUGACUGCUUGCUCUCGAAGCUCCAAGUAUCAAAAUCUCCAUCCAGGUUAUCUGAAGCAUGCAUUUGGGAUAUCAGUUUGCGGGGCAAAGUUUUGCUGUUUAGAUUCCUCUAAGCCCUUGUCCUGCCCUGUCCGACCUUCUCUGGCUGAAGUGCAUGCAUUUUUAACACAUCUUUGAGCCUGUGAUUCUGAAAUAGCAAAAGCUAAAGCUAGAGGUACAACCUUCUGCACCUCUGUAAAAAUGGAACAGUGGCAAUACAUGGACAUUGAGCCUAUGACAAAUCUCUUUCUGUUCAUCAUGGCUGCCUAUAAGAAAUUGCAGCUGUGGAUGCUUCCCAGCUAAUUGACAUACCUUUGUGAAUAUUAAGAAAAGAGGGCCUUACAAGCUCCGCAACUAGGGAAAAGAAGUAAACUCCUGUUUUGGUGAUAUGCCGACCAGUUGAAGCGACCUUUUCUUUGAGCAAGAGGAGUUGACCUUUGAUCACAUUGUGGUUCCAAGCUGGCACCUUGAAGGAACAUCAGGACCAUUGUUCUUGUAUCAAUGAUGAGACAAAUCGACAUCCCUCAAUUGAGAAAAAGAAAAGAACAUGAAGCAAGUGAGCGCCUUCGCGAAAUGCUGAAGAAAAGAUAGUGAAAGCCAGAGUUGUUUCUCCUUGUGACCACUUUUGGACUUGCAAGGCACUUUAUUUCCCCACCUGCGAAUCUUGAGCUAAAGUUUUGGUGUUUCCUACAAUCUAUGCUGAUUUCUAACCGAGGCGCGCUUAGGAGUGGAGGAGGCCGAUGUCUUGUGUGAAAUGGCCAUCUGUGAACAAGAGUCUUCUCCUUUUGUGUCAAUCCUGAAGUAUCGUGUAUGCGUAAAUCAUGAAAAAUUCGAUAUCCUUUUCUCUAUUGCACUCUGCUUCUAUGUGUCCAUCGCUUAAAAUUUGUUAUACGAUGGGUUAACGUCUGGUUUUGCACCAUUCUGCUCGAUUUAGAUUCUUUUGUGAAUUAAACAUUUGUUUCUGCCU